ACCAUAACGGAAAUCAAUUAUUUUUCUUUGUGAUUCAGAUUUAAGGUUAGAUCGCGCUCGCUCCCAGCUGUGUAACCGAUAUCUGAGAUUUAACCCAUUGGAUGCCAGUAAUACACACACAGUGUAGUUGGGUUGCAAUUCGCUGUGCUCAGCUGCUGCCGUAUACUCAGACGUUCCUGUUAUUAUGAAGAUCACGUACAAAACACGUCACUGUGUUUACCAGUAGGAAUAUCUGACAAUUUCAAUGGCACUUAACAAGACAAUGUCGACCAAGAACCAGACCUCAGACCUUUCUGAUGCACACAGAGACAAAGAUAACGCCAAUAUAUUGAAAGUUGAGGUAACAGAAGAUCUGUGUGCUGAAGCUUUGGAUGCAGAAACCAGUGACAGUUUUAGCCUAGACGAAGAUAACGCUGAUAUAGUGAAAGUUGAGAUAACAGAAGAUCUGUAUUCGUAUGAUCAGGUGAAGACUGAGGAGGAUGAAGUUCCUAUAAGUACGGCUACAGCAAUAACAAAAGUAGAACAAACAGAAGAUUUGUGUGCGGUAAAAUCCCAUGACAAUCAGGAGCAGGACAACUAUGAAGAUGACCUGGAAAACAAGGAGGAUACAAUGUAUCGAUCAAUGAGCUCAGAUGUUCCUUGUCAAGACUGGAGUGCAGAUGAUUCUUAUAGUCUCUUUAAAAAUACACAAAACUAUGUGGCGAAUAAACCAUUUUCAUGUUUUUUAUGUGGGAAAUGUUUUACCCACAAAUCACAUCUUCUUACUCAUCAGAAAAUUCAUACAGGGGAGAAAGAAUAUUCAUGUUUUGUAUGUGGGCAAUGCUUUAUCCAGAAAACACAUCUUAUUGACCAUCUGAAAAUUCAUACAGGAGAGAAAUCUUAUUCAUGUUCUGAGUGUGGGAAAUCUUUUACCCAAAAAUCAAAUCUUAUUAGACAUCAGAACAUUCAUACAGGAGAGAAAUCUUAUUCAUGUUCUGAAUGUGAGAAAUCAUUUAACCAAAAAUCGCAUCUUAUUGCUCAUCAGAAAAAAUAUAAACAUGAGAAAUCAUUUCCAUGUUCUAUAUGUGGAAAAUGCUUUACCCAGAAAUCUGUUCUUAUUGACCAUCUGAAAUUUCAUACUGCAGAGAAAGCAUUUUCAUGUUCUGUAUGUGGGAAAUGUUUUAUCCAGGAAUCGCUUCUUAAUGACCAUCUGAAAACUCAUACAGGAGAGAAAGAAUUUUCAUGUUCUGAAUGUGGGAAAUGUUUUAAAUGGAAGUCCUUUCUUUUUAGACAUCAGCAAACUCAUACAGAAGAAGAAGUUUCAUGUUCUGAAUGUGGGGAAUGUUUUAACCAGAAAUCAAAACUUAUUGCUCAUCGGAAAAUACAUCAACGUCAGAGAGCAUGUUCUUGUUCUAUAUGUGGGAAAUCUUUUACACAGAAAUCACACCUUACUAGGCAUCAGAAAAUUCAUACUGGAGAGAAAACAUUUUCAUGUUCUGAAUGUGGGAAAUGUUUUAACCAGAAAUCAAAUCUUAUUGCUCAUCAGAAAAUACAUGUACGUGAGAAAUCAUUUUCAUGUUCAGAAUGUGGGAAAUGUUUUACUUUCAAGCCAGAUCUUGAUAAUCAUGAAAAAGUACACACAGGAGAGAAAGUAUUUUUGUGUAAUGAAUGUGGGAAAUGUUUUACAUUGAAAUCAACACUUAGUAGACACCAGAAAACUCAUACUGGAGAGAAAGCAUUCUCCUGUUCUAUAUGUGGCAAAUGUUUUACAAAUAAAUCAAAUCUUAUUAUUCAUCAGAAAAAACAUACAGGAGAGAACUCUAAUAGUAAAUAUUAAUUAAAGGGACAUGAUACCCAAAUGUUGAAACACUUUAAAGUGAUGCAGCAUAGCUGUAAUAAGCUGACUAGAAAAUAUCACCUUAACAUCGCUAUAUAAAAAGAAAUAUAUAUUUUACCUCAAAAUGUCCUAAGCAUUCACGCCCCCAUUGUAAAGGACUUUGAGCAGCAAAUCAGUAUGCCUGUCCUGGGACUUGCAAGGGAGCGUGCCUCAUGCACACUGAUGUUAUUUCCCUAUUCAGUUUAAGGAAGUUUACUAUGAAAUCUCAUGAGAGUUAAGUGAAAUUGCAUGAGAUCACAGUAAAAGGGUUCAGGAACUCAGCACGGCUGAUGCUGAUUGGCUGCUGUUCAUUUCUUCCUUUUUUUUUUUUACACCUGCACUUGGGCAGUAACUGAAAGAUAACUUUUUACACAGCACUUACUCUGGUGAGUUGAGGAAAUUGUGAAGUAACAUAUCUUCCUUUUUACAUAGAGAUGUUCAGGGGAUAUAUUUUCCUGUCAACUUUUUACAGUUAUGCUGUAUCACUUUCAAGGGAUUUAGCAUAUGAGUAUUAUGUCCCUUUUAAGCCCACUUAAGUAAAUGUUAAAGGGACAUGAAACCUAACACAAUGUUCUUUCAUGAUUUAGAUACAAUUUUCAACAACUUUCCAACUGACUUUUAUCUAAUUUGCUUCAUUCUCUUGGUCUCCUUUUUAGAAGAAGGAACAAUGCACUACUGGGAGUUUACUGAAAACAUCAGGUGAGCCAAUAACAAGGCAUAUAUGUGUAGUCACCAAUCAGCAGCUCCUGAGACUACCUAGGUAUCCUUUUCAACAAAGGAUACCAAGAGAACAAUACUAGUUAGACAAAAGAAGUAAAUUGGAAAGAUGUUUAAAAUCACAUGCUCUACCUGAAUGAUGAAAGAAAACAAGUUUUCAUGUCCCUUUAAUGUUUCCUCUCUGUCGGGAACAAAAGCAGGAUUUGUAAAUGUUCUAGAUCCACAAAGUAGAGUUUAUUUUUAUCCUUUGUGGUAGAUAAGUAAUACUAUACAUAUCCCAGUAGUAUCAUGACUACAACACACAUUUUAGCUUAGUGCUAUUCUGAUGCAUUCUAGUAACAUGGGGGUUGGGACUUUCAUCAGCUGACAUUUCACCUGUACAGGACUUAUAUAUAUUUAGGUCUAUAAGUAUUUGGACAGUGACACAAUCUUCAUAGUUGUGUCUGUGAUGUGAUUGAAAUGCAGACUUUCCGCUCUUUUCAAGGGGUUUAACAAAAACAUUAUACUAAUCCUUAGGAAUUACACCAGUUUUCAUGUAUAGUUAGUGACUGCUUGAUAUCUUGGAACCCAGGGACAUUACCAAGUUCCGUGUUUCCUCCCUAGUGAUGCUUUGCCAGGCUUUUACUGAAGCUGCCUUAAAUUGCUGCUUUUUUUCUGGGUCUUUAUGCCUUCAACUUUGUCUUCAGCAAGUGAAAUGCAUAUUAAAUUGGCUUGAGGUCAGUUGUCUGACUUGGCCAUUUUAUAAUAUUUCAACUCUUUGCCUUGAAAAGCCUUUUGGUUGUUUUGAGUCAUUGACCAUGUGUACUGUGAGGUGCCAUCCUAUAAGUUAUUUUAGCUGAUUCUGAGCAGACCGUAUAGCCUUUAUACACUUCAGAAUUUACCCCACUACUUCUGUCAUAAAUCACAUCAUCAAUAAACCCCCAUGACCGGUUAAACUGUCAGCCUUACAUUCCCAUGCCAUAACACUACCUCCACCAUGUUUCAUUUAUGUUGUAUGCUUAAAGGGACAGUCUAGUCAAAAAUUUAACUUUUUGCGAUUCAGAUAAGGCAUGCAAUUUUAAACUACUUUCCAAUUUACUUUUAUCAUCAAAUUUGCUUUGUUCUAUUGGUAUUCUUUGUUGAAAGCUAAACCUAGGUAGGCUCAUAUGCUAAUUUCUAAGCCUUUGAAGGCCGCCUCUUAUCUCAUGUUUGACAAGGUUGUUUUACAGCUAGACAGCACUAGUUCAUGUGCGCCAUAUAGAUAACAUUGUGCAAACUCCUGUGGAGUCAUUUAUGAGUUAGCACUGAUUUGGAUAAAAUGCAGGUCUGUCAAAGAACAGAGAUAAGGGGAUGGACUGCAGAGGCUUAGAUACAUGGUAAUCAUAGCGGUAAAAAGUAUAUUAAUAUAACCAAACUGGGGAAUGGGUAA